AAUAGAGCAUUGUAUAUAAUUUAAUCCAUUUUCCAGGAGACAAAGAGAAAUUGAGCAAAAACUUGUAGAAGAAGAAACUGCUCGAAGAAUUGAAAUAAUGGUCCAAAAAAGGGUUGAAGAAGAAUUAGAGAAAAGGAAGGAAGAAAUUGAAGCUGACGUUCUAAGAAGAGUGGAGGAGGCCAAAAAGAUUAUGGAGAAAGAGAUGAUGGAAGAGAUGGAAAAGAGACGAUUAGUUUUUGUUGGAAGAAGAAAAGAAAAGAGAGCAUCUCAAAGUGCAGCGGUGGUCGGGGCGAGCAGAAGGCUGAGCGGCAUAGCGGGCAAGAGGCUGCGAGCUGGUAGACUUCACGUCAAGGAGGAAGAGAGAAAAAAGAGAGAGGAACUGGAACUUAUCCUGGCCGAAAACAAUCGGAAGAUGGAAGAAGCUCAGAAAAAAUUGGCAGAAGAGAGACUGGCCAUGGUGGAGGAACAGAGGAAGAUGGAGGAAGAGCGACAGAGGUUGAAGAAGGAACAUGAAAAGAGAGUUAAGGAAGAACAGAAAAAAAUACUAGGCAAAAACAAUUCAAGACCAAAAUUAUCGUUUAGCUUGAAACCGGCAGUAUAGGAGAGGAUGUGUAAAGCUUUUGUGUAAAUAUGAUAAUAUGAGUGAAGUUGUUAAAAAAGUUUUCCAUUAAACUAGAAAUUCUGUUUACGACUUCUUGGCCAAAAUUCUACAUCAGUGCUCAGAAAUGGUGUUCAUGGAAAUUCAACAGGUUUAGGUUAUAAUAGACUUGGAAUAUUUAUGAUUUCUUGAGUUAUUUAAGCGUUGAAUUGUUUUAUGUAUUAUGUUUUAAUAAUACAUUUAGUUCAAAUCCAUUUUGUUAUAUUUGUUACAAAAUUUUAGUAGAAUUUAGAUUCUUUUAAUGAACAUUUAAAAAUUGUAGAAACAUAGUAAUUUUUACAGUUAACUUCUAAGUCUUUGAUACAAAAAAAUUAGCUUAGGCAUAAAUAUAGAUAUUAAGUACAAACAUUACAGAAAGAUACUAAAGACAAGUAAUUUAUGACCAUUUAAGUGGUGAAAAAUGAUAAUUUUUGUUUUACUUGUGAGUUUAAUAAUAUAUUUGUAUUAUUAUUAGUCAACACAUGAGUCAGGUAACUUUGUGUUGAUUAUUCUGGUUGCAAUAGUCAAGACAUGAAUAGUAAAAAUUACUGCUUGAAUAUGAAGUAAAAGAGGUCAAAUGAAUUGCUAACAACAGUGUGUCCACGGGCCUUACAAAUCAGAGAGAUCAGGAAUCAUGCUUGAAUUUGCAAAACAUUGGAAAGUGCCUAGAGUAUGCUUAAAUUAAUUAGAAAGGAUUCAAUGGAUUCCUGCUACUGUGUGUGGUACAGUAAAUAGGCUGUAGAUGUAGCAUUUCUAAUUGAAAAGAUUACCAUGCGAAUUUGUUUAUUGAAUUGUCGUGAUGUGAUGUUUAAAACACGAAAACUUGUAAGUUAAAACUUACAUGUAGCACGAUAUAAAAGGAAUGACAGUGGAAUAAAUAAUCAUGUUGCAAACUGGCUGGCACUAACAAUCGCAUUUAAAAAGUGCACAACUUGGCGAUACAAAACAGUGUCAGACUUUCAUCAAGUAACAACUAGCAUUAUUCUUAGCUUUACACACAUUUCCCUGCUAUUAUGAGGGCAUCAUAUCUUCUUAAAAUCUCUUCUGAGAUAAGUGAGGUUAUUGGUAGAUAUUCAAAUCUCCAAUCCACUUUCAAAUUUCUAUGCAACACUCUGGUAUUUGGUUGAUUAUUUUCUAAGAUUUCAGUACUUUGUAUUGAAUUAGUUGAGACUAGUGUGGCAGUCACAGUUAAUUACCCUUUCUUAGUAAGCAAUUAUGAUCUUGUAUGAUGGAUGGCCUUUUAAUAAUUGUGAAAUAUAAAUAGGCAUAUUUUAUGUAAAUAUUAUUUCAGUUUAAAACAAUGUUUCUUUUAAAAUUUCAACUUUGGUUAAAAUCUAUCUAUACAUUGAGUGAUUCACAACAUUAACAUUUAUAUUAUUAUUAAGAUUGCGUGUUGUUAUUGUUGGUUUCCAAUGGAAACUAAGGUUGUGCACAAUAAAAAGUGCAGUGUGCUAUAACCAUAACUGUUUAGUUACUAAAGUUGAGGAUGUACUUUUUUCUUAUUAGUUAAUGCAGAACUCAGUGAGUUUGUAUUUAACUUUUGUUCUCCCCCUUUAAGAACUGGGUAGAAACCAAAACUGGUAAUUGGUAGUCCAUUUAGAAUUAAUAGCAAUAUUUACUAUAAAUUUGACUAGGACACUCUAAAUUUAUCAAAUAUGUUGGUAAUAAUUUAUGCUAAAGCAAUAAAAAUAAAUAAAAUUUGUUGUUUGCAGCUUAAAGCAAAUAACAUGAGCAGUACAGUAUGUAUAUGUUGUUUGUAAAUUCCUAGUACUUGUUGAACAAUAUCAGAAUCAAGGCAAAUAUAUUGGGAGUUAAUAUUUUAGAAUUAGCUCAUUAAUGAUUUAUUUACAAUUGUUAUAAACAAUAAUAUAAUUACUUACAUUUAUCAUAAUUGACAAGAACAAAAUCACAAGUGUUCUGCUAGUGAUUGCUCUUUUCUGUAUCUGGGGAUCUGAAGAUGUAACAUUCUAAAACAUAAGGUUAAGUACACAGAAAAGAAAAUAAUUCAAACACACAUCAUACACAUAAUAAACACAUGGAAGUCAAAGUUAAUAAUAAAAAAAAUGUACAUUAUUCGUCACAGUAUAUAUUUGCAAUCUUGGACAAUACCGGAUGAAGCACAUUUUGUAUGAAGAAAUGUACAAGAAUAUUAUGUGUCUGCUGUAAUACCAUAAUGUUGAAAAAUGUCAUUGACUCAGUUAUCCUUCUAAAACAUCACUUGUCCGUAAUGUACUGUGAUUGGUUCUCAACUAUUGAAAUUGACAAAAGAUUCCUAGAAUGUUAGGAUUCAAGCCUUUGAGUUCUUGACCAUUCUUUAAUUUGUUUGCCUAGUAUGAGUGGACACCCUGUUUAGGUUGUAUAUAUAAGGAACCAAAACAAUCAUAGUUACAACAAAAAUAAUAAGUUUUAUCUCCAUGAAAUUGUUGGUUACAUGAUUUUCAGAAAGUAAAAUACCAUUGUAAAUUACAAGUUGGAUUAAAAUACUAAUAUUGAGGGCAUUUUGUAUAUCGUGACUGUGUGUUUGCUUUUGCUUGAACAUUACAUUGAGUAGUUGGAUUAGAAUACUAUGUCAGUUUGAAAUUCAUUGAAUUAAAUUUUUACUGGAAUUGAAAGUGUUUAAUUGUUUCAUAACAGAUUUGUUGUAUAAAAAUUUUUUAUUUUUUACUAUAUUUUUUAGAUAGUUUAUUAUUUCUAUUUCUUGUCACAUGUUUGUACAGUUGAGUAUGCACCCAAAGUUAUGUAAUGAAACUGAAACAGGAUGGCCACCCAACCAGUAAAACUGGAAAUAAGCCGGUAACAUCUCAGAAACAAAUGUCUGUCUCUAAGAACUUAUGAAAUCAAGAAAUAAAUAGAGGUUCUUAAAUCAAUAUUUUAUUAACUCAAACAUUGUAUUUUAUGUGACGUGAUCCUCGUGAAACUGAAUGAAGAUUGACAAUGUGUGGGUAAAAUGAUGUCGCCGAAUUGUUUAAAGAGUGUGUAAACAUUUAUUGUUGGCGGACCGAUCGUCUCAGUUUGAAUUUGUGACUAAUUGCUUCCCACACACAUCCUGAUUACAGGUUAAAAAAAAGAAAGUGAAUUUAUGGUUUGAUAGCACAAUCACAUCCAAAUCUAUAUUAUUUUCUAUAUUAAUGUUGGUGUAUCACGAGCCUGCUGCGUGUAUUUGUGAAUGACAUCUGUUGAGCAUUACAAAACUACUGAUUGAGAAAAUUUGAUUUAUGUAUAAAAACCCGUUGGUAGAUAACUUAAGUAAAAAUGAGCUUAGUUUUGCAUAUAAUUUUUCUUACAGUUCUGUAUUUAUGUACAUACAUUGCCACAAGUCUGCUGUUUAUAUUCACGGACAACAGCUGAUUGCCAUUAGGAAAAUUACUGAUCGUGGACAGGUAGUUGUACUUUGUGUAUCAAAACGUGUUUAUAGUUAACAUAAUUGACAAACACAUCUUUAUUUACAUACAUGCAUCACUGCAUGUAUUCGUGAAUUACUAAUUUCUAACACGUGUUUUUGUUGUACUUUCUGUACUAAAAACUGAGAUAUAUAACAAAAUUAAGAAAUUACCGUAGUUUUACAAAUAAUAUUUUUGUUAUAAUUUGUAUUUUCUAUAUUUAUGUUGGCACAUUAUCGUGAGGUCUAUUCACUUAUAGGAAUACUUUGAAAAUUACUGAAGGAUAAAACAUGUAUUUGUAGUUCUUUGAACUUUAAUUACUAUUUUUAAACGCCUAGUAAUAAAAUAGCAUUUUUGGAAAAUAAUAUUUUUUAUUAAGUUCUAUUUCUAUAUUCGUCAAUGCAACCAUGUCUGCUAGCAACAAAAUUGUCUAAGCCACCGCAGCUUUGUUUAUGGCAUAUCCUGUAAAUAGAACUGAUAACGAAAAAUCGUCAUUAUGUAUUAACAGUUAUGGCGACUGUGAUGUAAUGGAUAAAUAUUAUAGUUGUUUAUAUAUAGUUUAAAAAUGGACUAGACAUUCCAAAAUUUUUGACUGGAGAAACCGGGAAUCCGAAAAAAGGUUUUGAGUGGCCAACCUGUGAAAGUGCAAAAUCAAAUACUUACAAGUACUCAAGUUUGUAUUCAGAUUACUUGUAAAAGGGCUUUUUAUUUAAGAAAAUCUUAACCAGAAAAUUGUAAAAGUAAAAAUAACUGAAGAAGGUAUUAUUUAAGAAAGGGUGGGUAAUUUUUGGUUCCAUAUUAUUUAUUUUGGAUCAAAUUUCCAAAUAUAAAAAUUUGUCACACUUAUGUCCAUCUGAAGUUACAAAUUUGUGGUGUGCAAUUUAUGUAACGUUAUCAAAAGAGAAAUCUUAGUAACAAAUAUAGACAGGUGUGUUUUCAAUAUGUUAAUAUUUAAUUUUAAAAAGCAAAUGUUUGUUGUUUAAUGCAUGAUUUAUUUCUUCUUGUUAUAAAAUCUUAUAACACCUUUUAAAGAAAAGCAUUAUUUUUUGUAGCUAGGUUAAAUAAUAGUUCAUAAUUUUGCUGUUAUCUUAUAUAGUGUAUACAUUAUAUUAGUACAAUUUCUAUUUGAAUUUUGAAUGUGAAUGAAAUAAAAGUUAAUUUAUGAAUUGAUUCAAUAGUGUUAAAAUUGCGAGGUUUUGUAAUAUUCAUUUAUAAUGUAGUGCUUUAUCUCUGUGGUUUAUUGCGUGCAAUAUUUAAGGCUCGUUUGACCUAAGGAUUAUUAACUAGUGCAGUUCAGGCAACAAGUAUUUAGUAAUUAGGUUUUCAUUAGUAUUGUCCAGUUUUGUUUUAUUUCCUUCAGUAAACAGGGCUUUUGUUAUAAAAGGCUUGCUCCUUAUAUCCUAACUCUAACUGUUAUACUAAAUUAUUUUAAAUGUUAUGGUGGUUAUGAUUAUCAUUCAUUAUGAUUUUUUUGUAGAGCAGAAGGUCACAUAACUGAAACUACCAAAGUAAAAGAGUUUCAAAAAACUGUGUGCAUGCAAUUUUUCUAAUGCAUUCUUGUGUAGUUUACUUUUGGAUAAAUUAUAUUUGAAUAUUUUAUGUCUUGAUCCUUUUAGAAAAAGUAAAAACUACCAUUGAAUUCAUGGUUUUGCUAUAUGUUUUAUUCCAUCUAUAAUUUCCAUACUUUUCUGACGACAAUCAUAUACAUUAUUCUACAAAAUCUAGAGAUGUUUUGCUUCAAUGUUAUAGUCCCACCACCUCUAGUUCUAGAAAUUUAGUUACUCAGAUAUAUCCAGAGGCAUUAUGCAAAAGCAGCAUUAAGUUGGUUGUUACAUUUUAUUAUUUGAAAUGGCAGAUAUUUCUUCAGGCUUGCAUCUUAACACAUUCACUGCGGAAGCAAUGUGUGAAUCUAUAAUGUGGAAAGGUAGAAAGUUUUACUUAUCAAAAAUUAUGUCUGGAUGUCCAAGAACAUCAUUGAAGAUGUCUAGGAACCCUUGUUGACUGGCAUUAAUGAAGUAAUUUCCGGAGCUAAAAUUCCAAUGAAUUGACAAUGGUGCUAGCCCUUGUCCAGUCUGUACUCAACACUCCGCUGGUUUUUUUGCCCCCAUCCCCACUGGCACCCACGAAUCAGUUAAUGUUUAUAUUAAAAAGUAUUUAUGAUGUUUACACUCCUCCCUCCCCCAACAAAAGUAUUCACUUUCACACAAUAAUAAAAAAUGUAUUCAACAAAACUGUCUGAACUUGAAUUGUGUCAGACAAAAAGUGGUCAGUGAGUUCAAUAUCCGCUUCCACUGGGCUACAGUUACUUAUGCACAGUCAUAUUACACUAAACACAACAGUGGAAAUGAACCACGAUCUGAGAAUGGUUUGCGUGAAAAGUUACAGUGGAACCGGGCCAACACGUAAGCUCAACAUUCCCUGUCUGUUACUGUGGGCUUACACUGAGGUAAUGAGUUAGUGUGGAGCGACAGCUCGAUUUACAGCGGACCAUAGCGCGCGCUACAGUUGCAGAGCUGGAAUUCCUGCAUCCCGCAGUGAAUGUGUUACAAAUACAAACGAUCCACACUUUUGCAAAUUGUAGGGUAUGCAUGUGCUGCAGCCAUUUUACCAUUUCAUUUGCACACUAUUUACUGGGCCGUUUAUAAAUUCGCAAGCUUUUAGAAGGAAAACUAUUUUGAACAAAUAUUCUAUAGUUUUUAUAAUUUCUUUUGUUUCCCUUAUAACAAAGUGAAGUGUAUUACACUUGGUAGGGAAUAAAUCAAAUUUUUUAGAACAAAAUUGUUAUAAAAGUAAAAUUUGUUAAAAAAAUACUUUGUGUAUUGUAUUUGUUUGGAUUCAUUGAGUUAUAUAAUGUGAAAAAUUAUUAAACCAAAUUGAAUAUAUCUUACAUUUUUCCUCAGUGAAAAUGAUGGCCUUAUAGUAAUGUUACUGAAAGUUAUAGUUCAGGAUAAACCUUUUGUGGGAUAAAAGUAUUUUAAAAAGGAAAUUAAUAUAUAACUAUAUAAUUAAUUUUAAUUGUUUAUUAAUUAGAAUCAGACUGACACUGUCUUAAAAGUCAAGAAUCAAAACUGAUCUAUAUUUUCAAUAAGAACAUGAGCAGUAUAAUUCAAAAUUUGACAUAGUUUUAAUUUUUUUUUUAGUAAAAGAAGAGGCGUGUUCUAUCACAACUUAAAAAGUCAUCAACUAACAUUGCUUUUAAGCUUAGCAUUUUAGUUUAGUUUCAAAAUAGUGCAUUAUGAUUAGUCAAUAUAAUUUUAAAGACCAUUUUAAAAGUGUGUAAUUAGCCAUAUAAAACACACUGGAUUCAGUAUUUGUAUCUGAUGUACUUCCCUCAUCUGUUUUAACUUAUUCUAUAGGGUUAAGUUAAUCUUUUCCAUUCAUUAAAACUUAGUGUGCGUUAACUUUCAUAUCUGUGUUUCUUUAUAAUAAGAAUUAUACAUUGCACUUUUAAAUUGUAAGUUUUAAUUUUUAUAAAUUUACGUUAAUACACUUUUUUAGUAAUACACAGCUAAUGACAUUUGUAAUAUAAUACUAUGUAAAUUAAAUUUUAUCCAAAUAAUAGUAUUUAAAGUUGAAAAUAUACUUAUUUAUUCUUAUUUUCUAGGCUGAACCAAGAAAACAGCUUUUAGCUUAUUUCAAUAAGUACAUAGUUUAAAUUUAAUAGUCUUUUGUGAAUACUUGUUACUUUAGUAAAGCGCAAUGAACUUUAAAUAACAAAAUUUAUUAUUCACUGUUAAAAGAUAUCAAAACGUGCUAACAUCAGUGAAACUAACGUGGAGUUUCACCAAUACAACUAUAUGCAAGUUAUGAAAUGCCUAAACUUAUUAUUUGACAUGCUUGAGUUAAAGAAAACAUAAAAUAUUCCAUAUGAUAUAAAUUCAAAAUUUUAUUUUUACAAUUAUUUUUAAUUAUUGACAUUUGAUAGUAGCAAUAUGAAAAGCUUGAUCAGUUUCAUUAAGGUAAGUUACAUAGUUAUGUGCACAACAGUUUUAUGUAAUUAUUAAUUAAUUUAAAUACUAACAUUAAUAAAUAUUUGGAAAAAUAA